CUCUCACCCUCGCCGCCGCAACCAAAGCCCUGUAGAGUCACCACAUCAGCAGAAAAAGACAACAGAGAGAAAGAUAAGAGAGACAGAGAGAGACGCGGCCAGCGGCAGCGAAGAUAAAGAUAAAACAGCGACCAACGAAGAGAGGAGAAGAAGAACAGAGAGCGAAAGGAGAUGAGGGGAAGCCACUCCCUCUCUUCCCUCCUCUUCUACCCCCCCUCCUCCCACCGCUACUAUAACCCCUGCACAUCAUGAACAAAACCCGCCUCCUCUUCUUCCUCCUAGAAGAAGAAGUAUAGUACGGCAGUAUAUAUAUAUAUAUAUAUAAUGGCUCUCACCACCCUCCUCGACCCUCUCUACUGCCCGGAAGAGCAGCUGGAGCUCGACGACGACGCUCCCCCUGCCCUCCAACCUUCCGUCCCUGCCGCGGAGGCGGCGGCGGAGCCGCCGGAGGACUGGGCGGAGCUGUUGGCCUCUCUGGUCGCCAAACAAUGGGAGACCAACCCCGCGCUCUCCUCUGACGGUGCCGACGAACUCUAUCUGCGCUCCGUGAGGAGGGGCGCUGUCGAGUGGGUGACGCGGGCUGCCGCCCGCCACGGCUUUGGUGCUCUCACGGUGGUGCUCGCCGUGAACUACCUCGACCGGUGCUUCCUCUCCGGCGGAGUUGGGCUUGGGCUGCAGGGUGAUCGGCCGUGGAUGGGGCGGCUGGCGGCGGUGGCGUGCCUCUCCCUGGCGGCGAAGGUGGAGGAGACGUACGUCCCCCUCCUCCUCGACCUCCAGGUUGCCGUGGCGGAGGCGGAGGUCGAGGCCGGGUACGUGUUCGAGGCCAAGACCGUGCGGCGGAUGGAGCUCCUCGUGCUCUCCGCCCUCGGCUGGCGGAUGAAUCCCGUCACCCCACUUUCGUUCAUCCACCUCCUCCUCCCCCACCUUUUUCCCAAAACCCAAAACGGUAAUCUCACCUUCUCCUCCUCUGCCCGUCUCCGCUGCGAGGCCAUUCUACUCUCCGUGAUAGCCGAUCGGAGAUGGGUCCGGUAUCCGGCAUCGGUGUGGGCAACGGCGGCGAUGCGGCACGCGUUGGGCCAGCAGCUGGAGCCCGGCAAUGGCGCCGCUGCCGUGGGGUGCCACGAGACCCAACACAUCCUGGCCCUCCUCAACGCUCCCAAGGAAAUGGUGAAAGAAUGCCUUCAGCUCAUUCUGGACUGCAUUGGUGGUAGCCGUGGUGGUGAUAUUGGUCAUUGUCACAAAAGGAAGCACGUGUUCACUUCUUUGGAUCACCAUCCUUCACCACCCAGUCCCGAUGCGGUGCUGGGUUCGUGCUUCAGUUGCGAGAGCUCGUCGAGCUGCGACUCCUGGGCAAUGUGGCCCUCCCUUUCGGCCUCGUCUUCGCCGGAGCUUCCUCCCCUCAAGAGACCCAACUGCAUCGCCACCAAAGCCUUUGGAGACGAUCAAAGUGGGGAGAAUGGGGAUCGGCUUCACCACCAGCAGCCGAGAGUACUGGAUUACAACGCUGUUUCUAUUUAGAGUAGAUUAAGCUAUAUGGUUUAUGUUGUUAUCAGAAGCAGACUGCCUUCCAUCUCUGCCUUUGAGUUUGGGAACGAGGUAAUGGACCGGAGCUCUUGGGACUUGGGGUGAUGAGGCGGAGGAGAGCUGGGAAUUGGAAGGAGAGGGAGGGAGAACAGGAAGCAGAGAUGGGUGGCAUUUUUCUUUUCCUUUAGUUGACAAGAUAAAAGAGGCUUUGCCCCACCGUUGCCAUGCUACUGUUCCUUUGGCGCAGCCAGCGUUACUGUGCUGCUGUUCCUCUACCUCGUGUCCUAUCAGUUUUCAUCAAUGCAUGGUUCCCAUGAGUUCUUAUUUUCA